AUGCUGAAAUCAUUUGUUUGUGUACUGCUCUAUUCGCAAUUGGUUGCUGCAGUCACAUAUAAUUACCAAGGUUGCUAUGAUUCAAGUAGUCUACGAUCAAUGAUGUCGUCGUUGGGUACAUACACGUACCAAUCUAUCUCAUACUGUCAAACAGAGUGUAACGGAUCAAAGUUUAUUGCUCUGUUAGAUGGUGGAGAAUGUUAUUGUAGUGAUGACACUUCUAUUUUAGAUGUUUUAUCCUCAUUGCAAUCAGAUUCCAGUCAAUGCAACGUAGGCUGUAAUGGUUGGCCAUACCAAACAUGUGGCGGUCAAACAUAUAUGGAUUUUUACGUUGAUUCGUCGAUCACCGUUGUUAACUCUGUAUCAAGUUCUACUUCAUUAUCAUCAGCGGCAGCUUCAUCAUCAUCUACUUCUGUUCAAGGUUCGACAAGUGCAUAUAUAGCGACAACUACUAUAUCGACUACACAAGACUCGACACCCACAAGCAGUUUCACUUCUACACGGUCUUCAAGCAGCCAAUCUUCAACGACGUCAAUAGUAUCUAAAUUAGAAACAACUUCUACUUACGAGUCAUUGUCUUCUUCAUCUUCGGAUAGUCAAGCUGUGCUUACCUCGUCAUCGCUCAUUUCUAGCCCAUCUACUAAUAACAACUCCGUUCAUCCUUCAACUGUCUUUACUUCAACUAGAGUCACAACGGAAUUGCUCACAACUUCAGUGGUUACUGCAUCUGAUAAUGGUUCACAAGUUCUUGUUUACGUUACAAAAACCGAAACUUUUGCGACAACAAGUGCUGUUGCUUCUUCAAAUUCUAUUUCAGUCAAUGGAAAGAAUAGCAAUAGUUCGAGUCCUAAUAGUUUAUCAAGUGGGGAUAUCGCAGGUAUUGUUAUUGGCGUUGUUUUUGGUACCUUUUUCAUAUUGGCUGCUUUAAUAUAUGCCAAUUGGAGAAGGAAAAAGCAUGCUAAAGAAAGAGAUAUUGAAGAAAGUAAACAACAUCAACCAUACUCUUAUGGUGACGUUGAUGCUAACCCGAUUAUUCUGCCAGAGAGAGCUGCUUCUUCUAAAUUCCAUAAACAUCCAAAAUAUAUAGGCCCUGCGACAUCUGAUUCUGAAUUUUUUUUCUCAACAUACGAUACGCAUGAAACGGAUUCUUCACCUUCAAGUUCUAGAGAUUUAACUUCGAGUAGUUCAAGUAUGAAUUCUGGCGUAAAUCUAAUUAGUAAAGAAGCUAUCCCCAUUGAAGCGUUGAGAGAUAAUCAAAAAAUGACGAAUCCUAAACCAAUUGUCAGAUUUAGUACAACUUCAAUACCGUUCUUAGUUGAAGAUAGACAAUUAAGAAUUGUCAAUCCAGAUGAUGAGAAAAUAGAGGAUCAAUAUAAAGAAGAUUUCGACGAUUCUUCAAGAAAUAAUUGA